AUGAGUAAAAUGCAAGGUGGAUACAUGUUCGACGAGAAAAAAGCGAAGGAAGUGGCUGAGUCGGUGAAGGAAACGAUGGGCAACGCUGGACAAACUGUUAAAGAUUCCGCACAUUCCGCGUGCGAUACGGCUGAACAUGCAUCAAGGGAAUUUCUCGAUGCUGCGGGCCAAAAGGCUGGAUUCUUCGCUAAUGCAGGAAAUAAGGCACAAGAAGUGGCCGAUUCUGCUAAGGAAAAGAUUGUCGACGCUGGAAAAACGGUUAAAGAUGCAGUAGGGUCUGGAUUUGAUAAGGUCACACAUGCUGGAAGCGAUGCUGGUCACAGCGUGAAGAAUACCGUCGAGGCUGGUUACGACAAAGUGGUCAAAACCGGAAACGAAACUGGACAGGCUGUGAAGGGCAAAGCAAACUCUGCUUACGAGCAGGCUGAGCAAGCAGGGAAGGACACAUUAGCUUCAGCUGAGAAAAAAUGGGAUGAGGGAAAGAACUGUGCUGCUCGGAAGGUACACUACGCAGGAACUCUAAAAGGAAAACAAACUGACUCGUCUCACCGACCAGCGGUACUGGUAAACCGCCGCGUUGGUCUGGUCUCGCAGAUGGUCUCGCGAGAAAGAUGGUCUCGCAAGGAGAAUGAGAUCAAUGCAUUUUGUAGUAGUAUCCUUAAGUGGUGUCUGGAUAGUGUUAAGGAAUUGGAUGUGGGACAAUCCUAUAGCCCACAGUGUUACUAA